CACAGCAAUCAAUGCAUCAAAUGAUGAAGAAAGAAAUUAUGAUGAAACAAAUUAAGAACAUUGAGGAAAUAGCUAUUUUGAGGUUCAAGAACAAGACAGAAAAGGUUACAAGUGAAAGAAUAUGUAAAAAAAGUAAUAAAAGACUAUUUGAUCAAGAAACUGAAGAGGCAUGA